AUGUCCCUACCGUGCAACUGGGUAUUUCGGCUUCUCCUCGUGUGGCAACCUUUGUUGCUGCUCGUUGCAGCUUUUCCUCUGCCAUUGACCCACUACCCUCCCCACCUGACCUCCGAACCCCCAGGGCCUAUCAAGCCCUGGUCUCUGCACUCCUCUGAACUCCCACCCUUAUCGCCCUAUGCGCUUACACCCCCGGCAGACCCCGGGGGUUUUGAUGACCUGGGGUCUUCUGCUCGCUCCCAGAUGUUGGACCCGCCACAGAAGUUAACUGACAGUUUGCUUCCAUUCCUGGGCAGGGAUUCACCUGGAGAGCGGCCCCCAGAAGUUGAUCAAUUUGCAGUUCCACGUCAGGAUCUGCACGACAAACUAACUCGGCAAGAGAGACUCCCAGAGUUGGUUCCAAUGCUAGAUAGGGAUCAGAGUCAGGUCCCAGCGCUACCUUCUGGACUCAAAAGUAAGAUUCGUACUGUCGAUUUGGAUCAGUCUACAAAACACCGGUCAUUUAAAGUACUUGUUCCACCUCUGGGUAGUCCGACUUCAAAAGCAGCCAAGUUUAUUUUUUUGCGACCGAAUCUGAAGAAGGAUGUAGCUGAACGUCGGAGAUUUGCUAAGGUUGUUGUUGGAACUCCAAAGCAAUUUGCAAAACUUCAGCUUCAAAAAAGCUUGCAGGAUGAUUAUGUAUAUCCAAGUACGGAUGUAGCUUAUCCUGGCAGCCUACCUCCGGAAUCCCAGGAGAACCCAGAUGAACCUCUAGAAACCCAUGACCAGGUUGAACCUCCUCUGGAGGCCCAAGAUACUCCUGAGGAGCUCCAGUCCUCCUCAUCCCAGCAAGAAGCCCCUGAGGAGCAGGAGGCCCUAGCAGUUCCAUCUCUAGGUCAGGGUCAAGUUAAUUAUUAUAAUUUGCCCAGUGUUACAGGUAGGCCUGCGGACGUGGAAAUAACCAUAACUUCAGAGCCUACCAAGGAGGUUGAAUCUUCUCUAGCCCAGCAGGAGGCCCCAGUUCAGCCAGAAGAAGUAGAACCUACUCUAACCCAGCAGGAAACCCCAGCUCAGCCUCUGGGCCCUGCUGUGGAGACUGAACCUUCUCUCAGUGAGCAGGAGACCACAGCUCAGCCUUCUGAGUCUCCUGGGGAGGACCAGUCUUCUGAAAGCCAGCUCGAAGCACCCGUGCAACCUCCAGACUUGCCCAGUGUGACUGGUAAACCUGCAGAUGUGCUAAUUACUAUAACACCUGAACCCACUACAGAGGUGGGAACUUCUGUGAUCAACGGUGAGGCUAUAGUUCCUCCCUCAAUUCCAACUAAUGAGGUAGGACCUUCUGCAGCCCAGCCUGAAGUCCCAACUCUGCCUCCAGAACUUCCUAAUGAAGUAGCUCAACCUCCAGAAGGUCAGGAGGUGACAGGUUCUUCUCUAGGUUCUGAUCAAGUUGAGCCUCCAACUCCAGAGUUAAAUAAUGAGGUUGACACUUCGGCCCAACAGGAGACCCUAGAUGAGUCCUCAGUGUCCCCUGAGCAGUUGGAACCUCAACCAAGCCCCCCUCUAGAGGAGGAACAAACUCCAGUUGAUCAAGAGGUCCCCAGUCAGCUUGAAGAGUUGCCUGAGGAAUCUUUAUCAAGUCAGCAGGAGAGCUCAUCUCUGCCCUCAACGCCCCCUUUCCCGGAAACGACCCUUCCACAACCAAACCUGACUGAAUUCACAGUUCCACAUGUGAAUCCAGAACAAACCGCGACUCAUUUCCCAGAAAUUUAUGCCACAGAAAAGGAAGAGAAUGCCACCACGAGCACCAAUAUAUGUGAGCUCUGUACCUGCCAAGAUGAGACACUGUUGUGUGUCGGUCUCAACCCAGUGCAGAAACUCCACCGAGUGCCUGUGCUCGAGCCCUACAGCUACAAUGGCACCUUCACAAUCUUGAAUUUCCAAGGAAAUGUUAUUUCUUACAUUGAAGAAAACAUAUGGAGAUCAUACCGUUGGACUGAGAAACUAAUUCUCAGUGAAAACUCCCUGACUGAAUUACACAAAGAUUCCUUUGAAGGCCUGCUAUCCCUCCAGUAUUUAGAUUUAUCCUGCAAUAAAAUACAAUCUAUCGAAAGACGUACAUUUGAACCACUACCUUUUUUGCAGUUUAUAAACCUUGGUUGCAAUUUAAUCACAGAACUGGGCUUUGGAACAUUUCAGGCAUGGCAUGGAUUGCAGUUUUUACACAAGUUAGUUCUCAGUCGUAAUCCUCUGACAACUGUUGAAGAUUCACAUCUUUUUAAAUUGCCAGCAUUAAAAUAUCUAGACAUGGGAACAACACAAGUAUCACUUUCAACAGUUGAGAAUAUCCUCUUGAUGACUCUCGAAUUGGAAAAACUGAUCUUACCUAGCCAUAUGGCCUGUUGCCUCUGCCAGUUUAAAAACAAUAUUGAAGUUGUCUGCAAGACAGUGAAGUUGCGAUGUGACAGUGCCUGUCGGACAAACAACACCCGUUGCCUUCAAGAAGCAUCUGUAGGGAAUGCAGAAGGAGCAUUCAUGAAGGUGUUACAGGCCCGGAAGAAGAACACCAGCACUGAGCUGACUAUUGAGCCUGAAAGGCCAGCUUCAGAUAAAAAUGGUGUCACCUUUUCGGGAUUCUCAGGUGAUCAGUUUGAAAUUCAGCUAAACCAGCAACUGCGGUCCCUCAUCCCUAACAAUGAUGUGAGAAGGCUCAUUUCUCAUGUUAUCCGGACUUUGAAAUUGGACUGCUCUGAGACCUAUGUGCAACUGGCCUGUGCCAAGCUCAUUUCCAGAACAGGCCUCCUGAUGAAGCUUCUCAGUGAACAGCAAGAAAUCAAGGUGUCCAAGGCUGAAUGGGAUACAGACCAGUGGAAAACUGAGAACUAUAUCAAUGAGAGCACAGAAGCCCAGGGUGAAAUGAAAGAGCAUGAGGAGACAAGUGAGCUCACAAAAGGAGUUCCAGGAUAUGGUUAUAACAACAAACUCAUCUUGGCAAUAUCUGUGACUGUAGUAGUGAUGAUUUUGAUUAUAAUUUUCUGUCUUAUUGAGAUUUAUUCCCAUAAAACAGCAUCACAAGACGAUAAAGAAAGGCCCUCAAGGGGCUUUUUUGGAUUUCUGUGUAGGAGAGGCUCAACGGAUAGCGAAAAUCAGGAGGGCUUUUUCUGGUUAAGGCGGCCACUUUGGCUUAGGGAUAUGUACAGACCUCUCAAUGCCACACGUAAGAAAAACAUGGCACAGAAACUACAUGACAAGGACUCCUCUGAUGAGGACGAGAUUUUCAAUAAGGAUGCUGGGGAUAUGGAAGCCCCAUCACAGACCUCUGCCCCAGCCUCUGCUGAGGGCGGUGAAGAGGGCGGAGAGUAAAUCUGUCCUGCCUCAGACAACUGGCAAAUUUUAUUUUCUAAUAUUGGU